CGGACUUGCGCUGCCCUCGCAGCCUUCCCACACGGCCUCCGAGACGGCCUCACAGACACAGAAACUCAUGGCGCACAAGAAAAGGUCGCGCGAAGAGUCUCCUUUAGCUCUGGACGACGACGCUGCCGCUGGCGGCGAUCUGUCGCCUUUAAAGUUCACCCGCCUCGCCGACUUCACCCGCCAGUCGCACAUGCUGGCACCCUUGACCGGCGCAGCCGCUCUCGAGGACAUCAGGCGCUGGCGCGAGGAAGAACAACGAGCAGGCCCUCCGGGUGUUAGCGACAACUCAUCCCAGCACGCACUGUCCGAGCUGAUGUCUAGCGUUGCCGCCAUGAGCCGUCCCGAAGACACCCCCGCCCCCGCGGCAGCGCCUGCCUCCCACAUUUCUUCCUCUAUUGAGGUUGCUACCAUUACCGCCGCUAGAGCCCUCAGCGCCGUUACCAUUCCACAAGAUAACACUGCUGCCUCUACUACUACUGAUACACAAGAAGCCAGUCCCGAGAGUGGCACGAGCGGCGCAAGUCUCGCCGAGAGCGGUGGCCAGGUGGUGCACAGCCCUGGCCCCAUGGACCUCGAUGCCCGCGACGACGGGCACAUGUACGUGCCGCAGCAUGAAGCACAGAUGUACGCGCCGCAGCCCGAAGCACAGAUGGAAGACAAAGCCGUGUCUUCUUUAUCAUACCCCGGUAUCCUGCCGCCCGGCUCAUCAAUGCAGGCGCCAGACACCCCCCCGCGCAGAAUAAGCCUGCCCAUGUCGAGCUCGCAGAACCCAGACCUCACACCUCGGUCGCCUUCAUCUAAGAAACAUAAGUGCCCGCACUGUGACACCGAGUUUACGCGCUAUUUCAAUCUCAAGAGCCACCUGCUCAUGCACAGCGACGAGAAGCCCUAUAGAUGCCAAGCUUGUCAGCUGCGAUUCCGCCGCCUCCACGACCUCAAGCGCCAUAAUAAGAUGCACACGGGUGAGAAACUGCAUAUUUGUCCUAAAUGCGACCGGAAAUUUGCCCGUAGCGACGCUCUGGUUAGGCAUAGCAAGAGCGCGGGCGGGUGUGCCGGCAGGAGACCGAGCAUGGGCAGCUUUGAUAGUGACGACGACUAUGACGGCCCCGGUAGCGCGGGCGCCGACGACUCUGCCAUGUCAGGCGUUCUUUACGACGGAGGCGCCUGUGGCGACAUGACUGAGGAAGAGAAGCGACGUUCAAGUAUGCCGAGUAUCAAAGCCCAACACGUCUCAGGACAAGGCCCCGACGGCUAUAACAAUCAUUCAAAUACGUAUCCUCCCGCCGGGCAACGACCUACGGGCGGUUGGUUUCUACGAAACGUCGAUCGCGGGUCGGCGAGCACGACGACAUCCCCAAGCCUGCCAAAUAGCUACACACCCAACAAUAGCAUCUCUUCAAUGCCCCUGAGUGCGGGCAGCUCGUCCAUGUUUUCGCAGAGCGGCAUGACAGAGAGCCCCAAGCCUCUGAGCUCCUCCGGAGCACCAGUAAGCUACGCCAGCCGCGAUGCUGCUGCGCUCGCCCGCCAUGCUCUGUCUCUACCCACGCAUGGUAUGUCACCAGCCGCCAGGCAGGCCUGGCUCUCCCAAUACCCCCCUGCUGACCGAACCCCACCUAAAGGCAACGCAGUCGCUGCGUCGACUGUCGGGAAGCAGCAGAAGCAGCAGCAGCAAACGCCUGGCCGUGGCCGCGGUCGUACCUCGAGCGGAGCCACAGCCCAGGGCAGUAACGGUGUCGGUGCUGCUGAGAACGGCGGCAAUCUCUUUUCGACCGCCGAUGAUGACAUCUGGAUAUAUUUCCAGCAACUAGAAGAAAGAGUCCGGCAGCUGGAGUCAAUAGUCACCAGUAAAGCUGCGUUGGUAGACAAAAUCAGCGUGCACAAACAGCUCAUCGCCUCCCUCACGGAACAAGUUGCGGCGAUGCAACAGCAAUCUGCUAGGCCUCGCGACGAGUCUGUAGCUCAGUAG